CGGCAAGACCAGCUCAUUAGCAGCGACGGCUGUCUCACACCAAACGCAGAGGGUUCAAAAAAAUGAACCUUGACUCCAAUCAGCCCUGCAGGAAAUGGAGAAGGAUUGUCCAAAUCCUCUUCUGCCACUCAAAAGGCCUUACGACUGCCAGAGAGCAAAAAGAGAAUAUCUAACCUGGCCUCCAGUCCUCGCAGAGAUCUUCAUUUCAAAACUUCUUAGAACAGAAAUAUCCAAGAUCUUGUGGCAAUAUGAGACUUGACUUUUAUGAUGAGUCGCCGCUUUGAGCCAACGUCCAUGUUGGCACUAACAAGGCUGGAUUGUGGACCAGGAAUGGAAGUUAAAGCACUUGUGUAGCAUGAUGUUGUUUAUGAAUCCAUGAAUCAGCCGUCGACAAAGAUGAUGGAAUAACGACCAGAGAGAGCUUUGAGAGAGUAAAAGAGAUAGGCCUGAUGAGUCCUUUGUCCUUUCUGUCCUUGAUGACAGAUCAAUGAUAAACAUCAAGUCCUCUGCUGUCACUGAGCCAAAAAGGAAGAACAUGGUGUCACUCCAGGUCAGUAAGUGUGAAAGUCAUGGUGAGGUUCUUCGAUGUGUCUGCAACAAAGCUGUUUCCUUCGGGCGAUGUUGCCAUGCCAACCGCACGCUCAUACAACCAAGUGAAAUGUGAAUCCAAAAGAUGUCAGAUACAUUCUACACUCUGCUCGCUUUAUUCCCCCUAACCGUAUGUCAUCACAAAGAAGCUUUUCAAGUUGUUCCCCGAGUGCCCAUCAGUCUCAUCCAUCUGCUUCCAGCAUCUUCAUCCUGACGAGCGCAAAGCCGUCGUUGCCAUGGAGAGGACGGGCAGCACGACCUCGGCUAAUUAAAUUUAGAUCAAACCACUACCUUGGAAGUCAGAGGCAUCACAGUGGUGGCCCUUGAUUGCAUGAGUUCCUUCUGCCAUUAGGAAGAGGUGGUCGUAAUCAUGCCGCCUUUACACACAUUCUCCCUUUUAUGAGGUAGGAGGAGCUUGUGGCACGGGGAUGCUGCUCAAUGCAGCAGUCCCGUCAAAACCUCCGGGUCCCACCCCCCAUCUCCUGCCCCCGCCUCUUCCUCCCCCACCCUACCUCUCCAUCUAGAGCAGCCCUGUUAUCACUUCCAUCUGCGCGCCCUGGCUCUUGGCUCUCCCAGCCCCGACGCCUCUGAUAAAUAUGAUCAUCCGAGGACUGCAUUCCGCUGCUACAUAAGGAAUUUACUCCAGCAAGACAAUCACAAUGCAUCUCACGGCCGUGCUCUUGUUUGUAGCCGUGACGGGCGUCGCUGGAGCUUGGGGAUGCAGCUGCAACGCCGAGAAUGGAUUUUGUGAGAAAACUGGAAAGUGCAGGUGCAAACCAGGCUGGCAGGGAGACCACUGCGAGCGCUGCAUCCGUUUCCCGGGCUGCCUGCACGGCUCUUGCGAGAAAGCGUGGCAGUGUGUGUGUCAACAGGGCUGGGUGGGCAGCUUAUGUGACCAAGAUACUCGCCUAUGCUCGUCACGGCCUUGCUCUGGGAAUGCCACCUGCAUCGAGACCGGAGAGGGGGGAUACUUGUGCGUCUGUCCUCAAGGUUUCACCGGACCAACCUGUCAGCUGAGGAGGAAUAUCUGUCACAGUGAUGGCUCUCCUUGCCAGAAUGGAGGUACUUGUACCGAAACGGGUGACUCCUUGGAAGCCCACUCCUCCUGUUUGUGCCCCCCUGGAUUUUCCGGAAACUUCUGUGAGAUCACUCCUGACGUCUGUCGAUCUAACCCGUGUCUAAACGGCGGCAACUGCACCAACCACGAGGCGACCUUCACGUGCUCCUGCCCACCAGGCUUCGUGGGGUUGACUUGCAACGACACCGGCUUCUCUCCGUGCGCCGCAGCGCCCUGCGCCAGCGGAUCCACGUGCGUGAGCCAACCUGACGGAAACUUCCGCUGCCUUUGCCCCAAAUGGUUUUCAGGCCCGCUGUGUUCCACACAGCACCGUCCGAAAGCCAAACCCAAACAGCCCGCCGCCAAGCCCAUGGACCACAGGGUGUUUUCGCUGACUCCGCAGCACUACUCGCUCCCCGCCCACGCCUUCCACAAGCUCCUCCAACCGCCAGAAAGGGAUCUUCUCAAGAUCACGCUUAAAGAGACGGUGCACCACUCCCCCGGCAUGCUGUCCAGCCACGGUCAGCUUGUUUGUUUCGGCAUGCUGGCCCUGCUCACCUGCCUGGUCAUCCUGGCCACCUCGGCCAUCGUCCUGUUCGGCCGCUGCGAGGCGUGGCUGGCCAACGCCAAGUACAGCAAGCUCGUGAGGCAGCAGAGGGAGCACCUGCUGAAGGAGGCGACCGGAGCGAGCCACGAGGAGACGGAACACUCGGUGAACAUCAUCCUCCCGGAGAAGAUCAGACUGAACAGCUUCGGGAGAAACUAUACCUCCAUCUGACCUUAGAAAAGUGUUGCAGUGAAUGUCAAGCAGAAGCGGACCUUGAAUGUACAGUCGAGCACAAACAUGACACUGGAUUGUGGGGGUUCUCAAACUGUUUGGGUCCAGGGACCCUUUACAGGGGAGACCUUUUUCCAAGGACCUCUCUCAAAAACGUCAAUAAACAUAACCGCAGUAUGCCUCAGGAAUCAUUCAGAUUUUGAAUGUUUCAAUCUACUGGACAGAAAUGAAAGGAAGUAACUUCAAUUGAAUUAAUUAUAAUAUUUGUCCAUCAUCAGCUGACAUUAUUUUUGUGGACCCCCAAGUUACAACUCGUGGAGCCCUGGUGAUCUGAGGACCCCAGUUUGAGAACCACUGACGUGUGACAUUAUGAAAAAUGUAUGAUACCAAAUAGCAACGUGUUCUGUGCCAUUCCACUAUGAUAUUAGUUCAGUAUAUGCAAAUGUUUUCAUACCAUAUGGACCAGUGUGCAUUGUCCAUGUUGAUGAAUGCAAAAACUUGUUGCCAAAAGAUAAUAAUAAUGUUCUACAUUGUGAUUUCCUGAGAAUGUUGUUGAAGUGCUCAUAUAAAAAUGUAAACACUUGAAGAGAUUUUUAAAGAUGAAGUGCAUAUUGUAUAUUUAUCAUUUUAUAACCUUGUUCAUUAUUAUUAUUAUUGAUUGUUAUUGAUUGUUUUGGACCCCAUUUGAAGUUUCUGUGCAAUUUUACUUAUGAAUCAAUCUGCAAAAUGUCCUCCAGGCUGCCACCUUUCAAAAAUCAUAUAUGUAACUAUAUCUAUCUAUAUAAAUGUGCUGAUGCUGUGUGUCAUUUUGUGAGAGUCACACUUGUGCAGCAUAGAAGCAGUAUGGAAAAAUAUUCUGAUUUAUUAGCUGGUGACAUAUGAAUAUAGGUUCACGGUUAUAUACAAUGACAUACUUAUGUUUUCCUGUUUUUCAGAACCAUUCCCCUCUCAUAAUUUGUUGAAGUCACACUGAAUUCAGCUGCAUCAAAUAAAGAACAAUAUAAAAGUGUAAAGUGCUUCAAUAAUCAACAUAUAAGAAUAAAUAAAAAUAAACUGGGGUGACAUGCCAGGAAAAAAAAACUGGCAAAAACGUAACUGAUUCAAUUGGAACAACAAAUAUAACCAUGUACGUAUGUAUAGUAA